CCCGGCCUUUGUCUGCGAGCCCCUGGGCUCUGGUCCCUCCCCGGGCUCCGCGUUUCCGCUCCGGAGCAGCUGCGGGCUGUGCUGCGGGGAGGGUUGGUUUGUUCUCUGUGUGAUGGGCGGGUGUAGCUCCACAGGGAGAACGCUGCGCACCCUGGAAGCCAGGCAUGGAACUGUUGACAUUCAGAGAUGUGGCCAUUGAUUUCUCUUCAGAAGAAUGGGAAUACUUGGACCUUGCCGAGCAGAACUUGUAUACAGAAGUGAUGUUAGAGAAUUAUAGAAACUUGGUCUUCCUUGGUCUAAGUUUCUGUAAACCAGACCUGAUCACCUUUCUGGAACAAAGCAAAGAAGCUUGGAUUGUAAAAAGUCAAGGGACGGCAGCCAUUUUUCCAGGUAUGACUUCUCAUCAUAUCCCAGGAUUUUCAUCAGAGCCAGAGCAGGUGCAGUGGACACAUAAGCUCCUCAAAGAACCAGCCCUCGGGAGGCCGAGUCCAAGGCCAGUAUCACAGUGGACAGCAGAAAACUGAUGGCCCACUCAAGGCACAUCUGUUCCUAGGGUACCGUGGGGCACUUUAGGUGGACAGACAGAGGAAAACAGCAAAAUCCCCUGGAGGACACUAGAGACUCACCCACCUCAGAGAGGAUGCUGCCUGGGUUGCAGAGGGCGGUCGGUAUCCUGUGGAGGGACAGCAGUGACAAAGACAGCCUCAGGGAGCUGGUGAGGCCACUGAGUUUCAGCACCUAAUGAUAAGUUGGUUUAAGGCCCAGAGAUCAGCAAGCAACAGAGAGAGUUAUCAGUGUGACCAGUGCAGCAGUGCCCGGGGUCUGAAACACACAGGACGGUGGCGUCUGCACCAGGGCAGAGGGUAUUCUCGGCGGGGAAAGAAUGGUGGUGGCACGAGGUCCACAUGAGGUGUCAUGGUGGAUGUAAGGACAGGUUAUGGGAUCCACAGGCCUCUGCUGCUUGGGCCCAGACUCCACCAUCUCCAUAGGCGCAGCCUGAGCCCCGCCUCGCUGGGCUCCUCCCCACUUUAUCUCCCUGGAGCUCUUGCCCACAGACACCUGUUGUGAGACCAGGUGGGGGUGGGAGGCGAAGAAGGCUGCUGGCUGCCAUCUUAGGAGCAGGGGCCUCAUCCCUGCAAAGGCAGCACCAUGCCGGGUCCAUGGAGACUGCAUUCCCUCCACUGAAUCCUUGGAUGGAAUUACCUAAGUCACAGAGGAGCCCCUGGAGAGAUGUGCAGGUUAAAAAAUGACUCAAGAGUGUAAGCCUGUAGGGAGCCACUGAAGCUGAAGAUCGAUCAGGUGUGUGGGGCUAAAGCAAGGCCAGCCCUGAGAACCCAGAGCCCAAAGCAAGCCAGGUAAACCAGCCACCCCAGCUCCACUAAGGCAGAGCCCAGCCAGCCAGGUAGACAGGUAGCUGGCAGCAGGGCAGAUCCUGACAUCCUUCUCCUGAGUGUAUAAAUAACUGUACAACACUGGCUGGGCAGUUCCUUCUAUCCCAUUAGGAGAGAGGGCUCCACUGGACCCCAGCUUUCCUCUCCUCUUUAUUUUCCAUCCUCUCACCGUCCUCCCCACUCAACCCUGUACAUUUGGGCUACAGCUUGGGUCCUACCAGACUGUGAUUCCCAAACUGUGUGGGGAGAUCCUCCAGGACACUUCAUCACAAUCACAGGACUGUAAGGCACUGGGAUGCACAGAGACACCUUUGGGUACGAACCACCUAGUAUUAUUGAGAUGCUGGACCCACCUAAGGAAUAAAUAGGUCAUCAAUCUUUCUCUGUGGCAGGCAACGCCAUGGGUGAGUUACUGAAUUCAUAGUCAGGGCACUGAUGAUGGAAAGCCUGGGGAUCUCCCCUGGAAGAACAAAGGUGGGAAUACAAGCGUGUAGGCAAUGGUUCACUGACAAGAUCAGUUUGAGAAGUGCAGAAGCUUCACUAAAGCAGCUCAGCAAUCCUGCACUCCAGCUUGCAGCAUGGAGUUGUAUGAAGGAGCCAUGAGGAAGGCGGGACUGGUUUCCGUGUUCUGGAGGAGCUCCAGUGUUUUUCUCUGCUUGGAUGUCAUCUCCUGGCCUCCAGCACAGACUCUUCAGCUUCUGCCAUGAACCCGUUAGUCCUCAGCCUUCUGGUACAGACUCUUCAGACUACUGACGUGCAUUUGCCUGGGACACGGCAGCUCCGGAGUGUAGACUGGAAGCUUUGGUCUUCAGCAUGCAGACUUCUCUGCACUGUUCUUUAUUCGGCUCCAUGGCUGACCAUCAUAAGCCAGGCUUGUGAGUCUUUUAUAUUUGUGAUCUUAUGUCAUAUCAGUUUCUCUAGUGAAACACUGAUACAGAAACUGGUACCAGGAGAGGGUCCAUUGCUGUGCUACUGCCUGGCCAUGUGGUGUAAGAGCCUUGGGGAUUGAUGCGGAAAAGCUUGGUGACACUGGCCAAAGAGGCAGCCCCUGUAUGCUGGGAGAUUCUGGCCAGAGCAUGGAGAGCAGAGUACAGGUGGAGAAGCUACCAGCCAGGAGGCAGCUCAGAAGGCUUGCAUUAAGGACCACCCUGGCUGCUGGAGAGAGAUGAUGUUUGCUGUACUUUGGCAGGAAGUUGGUCUGCAUUUUGGAGACACUCCCUGGUGGCAGAGAAAUUCCCAUGCAUGAUGGUGCUGACAUGGUGGCAUGAUUACUGGGGAGGGCUUCUGGCCAGCUCUACACUGGGAAUUAAAAGUGCAGAGCCAGCAGGGGGAUAUGAAGCCUUUGGCCAGAGGGGUGACCCCAGGGGAGCUGUGAAUUGCAGGGCUGCAACAGAGGGGAAUGUAGCUGUUGAGGAGGAAAAGGAAAAGGGAAGAAUGCCUGAGGACUCUCACCAGAAGGGAAGAGGGUGUUUGACAUGCCAGAGAUUCCCUGGGUCAUUUCUUAGUGCUGCCCUGCUGUUGAAAAUUAAUGGGAAGCAAGGCUUGUGAUUACAAUAGCUCCUCGAUAUGAUCUGAAUGUAGUUUUAGAUUCAUGUGUGUAAUCAGGUUAUUUAGGCAAGAUACUGUGUGAAAUGCUUUUGGCCCAGACAGGACACUAGCAGGUAAAGCCUUAGAGGCAGAACCAAGGAGCUCUGUCUUCCCUGCCCCUAGGAAUUUACCUGUGGCUCUUAUCUUCCCCACCCCUAGGAAUUUGCCUCUGGCAGGAAAUGAAUAGCAAUGAGAUACCUGCGCUUCCCUAAUGCCCCUCAGGCACCACCUUAAACCUAAGCUACUUAUAUGCCCCCACAUAACAUGUCCUCCAGACAGAGAAAGCCAGACUUUAGUGGUGGUGGUGGGGAGGGGGUAUUUGGUUUUCUCUCUGAGUUCUCAGAAUAAAGGCCUCUUUUGUUUUAUA